AUGCCCUACCUUGAUAAGCCACAUACGCUUUCCGAUAUAACAAUGCCAAAGUAUAUAUAUCACUACUUCGCCUGCAAGUCAUUGGGAGAGGGUCCCCGCCUGCUAUUCGCCUAUGGAGGUCAGGAGUUUGAAGACAUUCGCUACAACGAAGAAACAUGGCCAGCCUACAAACCAAAGACUCCUUUUGGUUCCGUGCCAGUACUGUUUAUAGACGACAAGCAAUAUGCACAGAGCCUCGCCAUCAGCCGUUACUUGGGAAAGAAGUAUGGACUUGUUGGUGACAAUGAUGAGGAAGACUUGGAGAUCGACCAGAUUGUUGACUUUGUCAAUGACAUCCGCGCCAGGGGUGCCAUUGUUCAGUACGAAGAAGACGAAGCUGUCAAAGAAAGGAAUCACAAAGACUACUCAAAGAAUUAUUAUCCUGGCUACUUCGCUAAGCUGAAUUCAAUUAUUGAGAAGAAUAAUGGACACGUCGCUCUUGGAAAACUGACGUGGGGCGAUUUCUGGGUCGCCGGCAUCAUCGAUUAUAUAAAGGUUAUGACGGAACGUCAAACACCCAAGACAGUCUGCGGGAGGUGCUUGCGAAUUGCCGACGUACAGCCACAUACGCAUUCCGAUACAACAAUGCCUAAGUUUAUAUAUCACUACUUCGCCUGCAAGUCAUUGGGAGAGGGUCCCCGCCUGCUAUUCGCCUAUGGGGGUCAGGAGUUUGAAGACAUUCGCUACAAUGAAGAAACAUGGCCUGCCUACAAACCAAAGACUCCGUUUGGUACCGUGCCAGUACUGUUUAUAGACGACAAGCAAUAUGCACAGAGCCUGGCCAUCAGCCGUUACUUGGGAAAGAAGUAUGGACUUGUUGGUGACAAUGAUGAGGAAGCCUUGGAGAUCGACCAGAAUGUAGACUUUGUCAAUGACAUCCGCGCCAAGGCUGCCAUAGCUCACUACGAAGAAGACGCAGCUGUCAAAGAAAGGAAACACAAAGACUUUUCAAAGAAUGUAUAUCCUGGCUACUUCGCUAAGCUGAAUGCCAUCAUUGAGAAGAAUAAUGGACACGUCGCUUUGGGAAAACUGACGUGGGGCGAUUUCUGGGUUGCCGGCAUCAUCGAUUAUAUAAAGCAUUUGGUGAGGAUACCAGACCUUGAGGAGAAUUGUGAUCGAAGCGACCAACGUUCUAACUGUGUAGAUACAUUUCUGAGACAGACAGUGCAGCAUCUCCUUGAAACAAUGCCAAAGUAUAUAUAUCACUACUUUGCCUGCAAGUCAUUGGGAGAGGGUCCCCGCCUGCUAUUCGCCUAUGGAAGUCAGGAGUUUGAAGAUAUUCGUUACAACGAAGAAACAUGGCCAGCCUACAAACCAAAAACUCCGUUUGGUUCCAUGCCGGUGCUGUUUAUAGACGAUAAGCAAUAUGCACAGAGCCUGGCCAUCAGCCGUUACUUGGGAAAGAAGUAUGGACUUGUUGGUGACAAUGAUGAGGAAAACUUGGAGAUCGACCAGAUUGUUGACUUUGUCAAUGACAUCCGCGCCAAGGGUGCCAUUGUUGAGUACGAAGAAGACGAAGCUGUCAAAGAAAGGAAACACAAGGACUACUCAAAGAAUGUAUAUCCUGAAUACUUCGCUAAGCUGAAUGCCAUUAUUGAGCAGAAUAAUGGACACGUCGCUUUGGGAAAACUGACGUGGGGCGAUUUCUGGGUCGCCGGCAUCAUCGAUUACAUAAAGGUUAUGGUGCGGAUACCAGACCUUGAGGAGAACUCGCAUCGUGGAGCAAGACCACACGUAUCAAGCCCCGAUAUUAAAAUGCCGGACGUGAAAUUCACUUAUUUCGACGUCAAAGCUGUGGGUGAGGGUCCGCGGUUACUGUUGGCUUAUGGUGGUCAGAAGUUCAAAGACAUCCGGGUUACUUUCCAAGAAUGGCCUCAAGUAAAACCCAAUACACCCUUUGGCUUUCUACCAGUUUUGGAAAUUGAUGGCAAGCAAUACGCCACAUGCUUGGCCAUCUGCCGCUAUCUGGGUAAGAAGUAUGGCCUUGCUGGAGACAAUGAUGAGGAAGCGCUCGAGAUUGACCAAAACGUUGAUUUCCUCUACGACAUUCGUUACAGAGCCGCGAAUACAUAUUGGGAGCCGGACCCGAUUAUAAAGGAGAAGAAACACGAGGAAAACUCUAAACUAUAUCCAGAUCAGUUGAAGAAGCUGAACGAGAUCAUUGAGAAGAAUAACGGACAUAUUGCCCUUGGAAAGUUAACCUGGGGAGAUUUACACUUCGCUGGAAUGUUGGACUACUUAAAAGAGAUCUUACGAAUGCCAGACCUUGAAAAGAAGUAUCCAGCCUUCAAAAAACUGGCCGACAAUGUAUAUUCAAUUCCAAGCCUGAAAGCUUAUGCAGCCUCCGCUCCUGCGGCAAUUUGGUAG